GCCUAACAAAACAUUUACCAGAUAGACCUGAUCUGGCCUUUUUUCGUUUUUCUUCUUCGUGUAUACUUUAUUAUUAUAUUAUUAUUAUUAUUUUCAUACCAUUGUCGUUGGAAUAGAUGCUUUAAUUCUAGUGACUCUUUUUCCCUCUCCCCAGACCAAGUGAUCUUGACACGGAACCACCGACUCGACCAGCGUGCAAUCGUCAAGCUUCGUUCAUAUGACUCUCUCAGCGACUUCUCGGGCCAGUGCGCAGGCGCACUUGGCAACUGAUAAUGCUCCCACACAUAUUGGGGCAGGUGCUUUGCAGUCGAGAGAGACCGGCGAGGUCAUGCCUCAACCGAAACAGCCGCCCGUGAACCAGAAGCCUGAAGCGAAACCAUUCGCCCAUUUUGUUGCUGGAGGGUACGUGACGAACAUUUGUGAAGCCUGGUUGAUAUGGAGCUGACUUGAAUUUCUCAGAAUCGGUGGCAUGACUGCAGCGACACUUACCUCUCCUCUCGAUGUCCUGAAAACCCGGUUACAGUCCGACUUUUACCAGUCGCAACUCCAAUCCCUUCGUGCUUCUCAUCCUAUGCCGCCUUCUUCGUCGCUUGCAUCCCUCCCGCGGAGUGCUAUUAUGCAUUUUAGUGAAACAUUCCAGAUUCUCCGCUCGAUACACGUCCACGAGGGGUGGCGCGCCCUGUUCAAGGGUCUGGGUCCGAACUUGAUCGGAGUCGUCCCUGCACGAGCAAUCAACUUUUAUGUGUACGGAAACGGCAAGCGGAUUCUCAGUGAAUAUUUCAACUACCAUGACGCGCAAAAAACACCGGUGGGCGUCCACCUGACGGCUGCCGCAGUGGCAGGAAUUGCCACGGGAACUGCCACCAACCCGAUCUGGCUCGUUAAGACCCGGUUACAGCUCGACAAGUCCAAUGCGGAGAUUGGCAAAGGGCGCCAGUAUACGAACAGCUGGGAUUGCAUCAAGCAAACUGUCCGCCACGAGGGCAUCCGCGGCUUGUACAAGGGUCUUUCUGCUUCCUAUCUGGGAGUCACGGAAUCAACUCUCCAGUGGGUAAUGUACGAGCAGAUGAAGAUGUACCUGUCACGCAGAGAGAUGGCCAAGCGUGCGGAUCCCAACUACACCUAUGGUACCUGGGAUGAUGUGGAAGUGUGGGGUGGCCGCAUCUGCUCUGCGGGUAUGGCGAAACUGGUGGCUGCAGCUGCCACCUACCCUCAUGAGGUUGUCCGCACCCGUCUCAGGCAGGCUCCGACCGUGGCCCUUGGCGAUGGCAAGGUCCAAAUGAAGUACACUGGACUGGUACAGUGCUUCAAGACGGUGUGGGUGGAAGAAGGAAUGGUCGGACUGUACGGUGGACUGACCCCACACUUGCUCCGAGUUGUUCCCUCGGCCGCCAUCAUGUUUGGAAUGUGAGUUGUUCUAUUGUUUCAUGUUUCGUCUCGUUGGGUAGGAUGAUGAUUUGACUGACUGUAAUGAAUAGGUAUGAGUUGAUUUUGCGUGGUUUCGGGACGACAUCAUAAUUUGGAUCCCAACUGACUGAACCUGCACCACCCCUCUCCCACCAUGCU